GGAUAAUUUAGCCAAAAGACGACACACUGGCGAAUCAAGAGCAUCUUCUUCUUCUUCUUCUUCUUCUUCUUUCACGUACGAAACAAAAAACGCACCGGCGAAUCCUCUUGGCUGGCUCUUGAGAACGAUAAAAAAGCUCACCGCGGAAUCGAAUCGUAUGGAUUUUGGGAUCAAGCGAUGACGCAUUGAGUUAUGUAUUCAUGAAGGUCAGAGUUAGGUAUUAGCAGAAUUGGUUUUGGCGUUAAGAAAGGCAUCCAUGUUAUCCAUCCCUGAUACCAGAAUGUGGAAUCUAGCAUCGAGUUAUCUUACCGGAAACGUAGGACCGAAACACGAAAUAAGAAGACCAGUCCACCCUCAUGCGGAAUGUUCAGAUGACGAUGCAUCUUCUGUAGGCAGUAAAAACGAAGGUCUCGAGUGUCCUAUCUGCUGGGAAUCAUUUAACAUUGUUGAAAACGUUCCUUACGUGCUAUGGUGUGGACACACAAUGUGCAAAAACUGCAUUUUGGGACUUCAAUGGGCUAUUGUGAAAUUGCCUACUCACCCGGUUCAGCUUCCUCUAUUCAUAUCAUGCCCAUGGUGCAAUCUAUUGUCCUUCCGUCUUGUCUUUAGAGGAACCCUCAGGUUCCCUCAUAAGAACUACUUUGUGCUUUGGAUGGUCGAGAGAAUGAAUGGAGAGAGACGCAACUCACCCGGUAGAGCUCAAACAGAUGGAAACAAUGACCAUACAAGGGAAACUCCAUCUCCAUGUCUCCACAAUCGCCAUCAUCGCAGUCAACCUGAACCACCAGGUUCUGUUAACGAUCAUCGCAUCCCCAGGGACAACAUACAAACUUCAUUGAGGAAGUCUCUGGUUUUCUUUGUCCAGUUGACAGCAAAGUUCCCAUUGGUUGUUAUAUUUCUGCUGAUAAUACUUUAUGCAAUACCGACCAGUGCAGCCAUACUGGCGAUGUACAUUCUAGUCACUAUCUUGCUGGCUCUACCGUCGUUUCUCAUCCUCUACUUCGCGUAUCCUUGUCUCGACUGGCUUGUCCGAGAGAUUGUCACAUGAACUUUCUACGAAUGCUUUCAGAAGCUUCCCACUCCUAAUUUGACGACUUUUCUUCAUUAACUGAGACACAAGAUCGCUCUGGUCCCUCCUUCAUGUAAGUAUAACAAUUUCGUAAUUUCUUAUCUAUAUAUAUGGAUGUAGUUUUGGAUGCGUUGUUGCUCUAUGGAACCUGAACAAUUGACAUGUGAAUAUGUGUUGUAAGGGCACUUGCAAGAAACUUAUUAGUAUUGUACUACUAUUUGAGGAUUUGUCUGUGAUCGUUUCUGGUCGUCACAAUAAGAUUUGUGUAUAAAUUUUAUGCAAUGUUAUCAGGAAUUGUGUUUGUGUA